UCUGAUAACUUAAGAGAGAUUCUCCAAAAUGUGGCCAAAUUGCAAGGAGUUUCAAAUAUGAGAAAGCUAGGCCACUUGAAUAACUUUACUAAGCUUCUUUGUGAUAUUGGCUACAGCGAAGAAAAAUUGGGUUUUAACUAUGAGGAUAUAAUAAUUUGUCUGCGGUUAGCUCUAUUGAAUGAAGCUAAAGAAGUGAGAGCGGCAGGGCUGCGAGCGCUUCGAUAUCUCAUCCACGACUCCAAUAUUCUCCAGAAGGUGCUAAAAUUGAAAGUGGACUAUUUAAUAGCUAGGUGUAUUGACAUACAGCAGAGCAACGAGGUAGAAAGAACACAAGCACUUCGAUUAGUCAGAAAGAUGAUUACUGUGAAUGCUUCCUUAUUUCCUAGCUCUGUGGCCAACUCGUUAAUAGCAGUUGGAAACGAUGGACUUCAAGACAGAGACAGAAUGGUUCGAGCGUGUAUUGCCGUUAUCUGUGAACUAGCACUUCAGAAUCCAGAGGUGGUGGCCCUUCGAGGUGGACUAAAUACCAUCUUAAAAAAUGUGAUUGAUUGCCAAUUAAGUCGAAUAAAUGAGGCCCUCAUUACUACAAUUUUACACCUUCUUAAUCAUCCAAAGACCCGGCAAUAUGUGAGAGCUGAUGUAGAAUUAGAGCGAAUAUUAGCACCUUAUACUGAUUUUCACUACAGGCACAGUCCAGAUACAGCUGAAGGACAGCUCAAAGAAGACAGAGAAGCACGAUUUCUAGCCAGUAAAAUGGGAAUCAUAGCAACAUUUCGGUCCUGGGCAGGUAUUAUUAAUUUAUGUAAACCUGGAAAUUCUGGUAUACAGUCUCUAAUUGGAGUACUCUGCAUACCAAAUAUGGAAAUACGGCGAGGUUUGCUUGAAGUACUUUAUGAUAUAUUUCGUCUUCCUCUUCCUGUUGUGACUGAAGAGUUCAUAGAAGCACUGCUCAGUGUAGAUCCAGGUAGAUUCCAAGACAGUUGGAGGCUCUCGGAUGGUUUUGUAGCAGCUGAGGCAAAAACUAUUCUUCCCCAUCGUGCCCGAUCGAGGCCAGACCUCAUGGAUAAUUAUUUGGCAUUGAUUCUCUCCGCAUUUAUUCGUAAUGGACUGUUAGAGGGCUUGGUUGAAGUGAUAACUAACAGUGAUAACCAUAUUGCAGUUAGAGCUACCGUCCUUUUAGGAGAGCUCUUACAUAUGGCAAACACAAUUCUUCCUCAUGCACAUAGCCAUCAUUUGCACUGUUUACCAACCCUAAUGAAUAUGGCUGCAUCCUUUGAUAUCCCCAAGGAAAAAAGACUGCGAGCCAGUGCAGCUUUGAAUUGCUUAAAACGCUUCCAUGAAAUGAAGAAACGAGGACCUAAGCCUUACAGUCUUCAUUUAGAUCACAUUGUUCAGAAAGCAAUUGCAACACACCAGAAACGGGAUCAGUAUCUCCGAGUUCAGAAAGAUAUAUUUUUUCUUAAGGAUACAGAGGAAGCACUUUUAAUGAACCUUAGAGAUAGUCAAGUCCUCCAACAUAAAGAGAAUCUUGAAUGGAAUUGGAAUCUCAUAGGGACCAUUCUUAAGUGGCCAAAUAUAAAUCUAAGAAACUAUAAAGAUGAACAAUUACACAGGUUUGUACGAAGACUGCUUUAUUUUUACAAGCCCAGCAGUAAACUAUAUGCCAUCUUAAAUCUUGACUUUGCUAAAUCCAAGCAGCUCACCGUUGUAGGCUGCCAGUUUACAGAAUUUCUUCUUGAGUCUGAGGAGGAUGGUCAAGGAUACUUAGAAGAUCUAGUAAAGGAUAUUGUUCAGUGGCUCAAUACCUCAUCUGGAAUGAAGCCAGAAAGAAGUCUUCAAAACAAUGGUUUAUUGACUACCCUUAGUCAACACUACUUUUUAUUUAUUGGAACACUGUCUUGCCACCCUCAUGGAGUCAAAAUGCUGGAAAAAUGCAAUGUGUUUCAAUGUCUCCUUAACCUGUGCUCCUUGAAAAGCCAAGAUCACUUACUAAAACUGACAGUGUCUAGCUUGGACUAUAGCAGAGAUGGACUGGCUAGAGUUAUUCUUUCCAAAAUCCUAACUGCAGCCACUGAUGCCUGUAGGCUAUAUGCAACAAAACAUUUAAGGGUAUUAUUGAGAGCUAAUGUUGAAUUCUUCAGUAACUGGGGAAUUGAGUUACUAGUGACCCAGCUGCAUGAUAAACACAAAACGAUUUCCUCUGAAGCUCUUGAUAUCCUCGAUGAAGCAUGUGAAGACAAGGCCAACCUCCAUGCUCUUAUUCAGAUGAAGCCAGCUCUCUCUCACCUUGGAGACAAGGGUUUGCUUCUCCUCCUGAGAUUUCUCUCUAUUCCAAAAGGAUUUACCUAUCUGAAUGAAAGGGGGUUUGUAGCAAAACAAUUGGAAAAAUGGCACAAGGAAUAUAAUUCAAAAUAUGUUGACUUGAUCGAGGAACAGCUUAAUGAAGCACUUACUACUUAUCGGAAGCCGAUUGAUGGUGAUAAUUAUGUCCGUCGGAGUAACCAAAGAUUACAGCGUCCUCAUGUUUAUCUGCCUGUACACCUUUAUGGACAACUGGUACACCACAAAACAGGCUGUCAUUUGUUAGAAGUGCAGAAUAUUGUUACAGAACUCUGUCGCAGCAUUCGUAAAUCAGAUUUGGAUAAAUGGGAAGAAAUUAAAAAGCUGAAAGCAUCCCUUUGGGCCUUGGGAAACAUUGGCUCAUCAAAUUGGGGCCUUAAUUUGCUACAAGAAGAAAAUGUGAUUCCAGAUAUAUUAAAACUUGCCAAACAGUGUGAAGUUCUUUCUGUGAGAGGGACCUGCGUGUAUGUGCUUGGGCUCAUAGCUAAAACUAAACAAGGCUGUGAUAUUCUCAAAUGUCACAGCUGGGAUACUGUGAGGCACAGUCGCAAACAUCUGUGGCCAGUGGUUCCGGAUGAUGUAGAGCAGCUCUGUAAUGAACUCUCGUCUGUACCAAGCACUCUAAGUUUGAACUCUGAAUCCACAAGCUCCAGACACAACAGUGAAAGUGAUUUUGUGCCCUCGAGUAUGUUCAUCAUGGAGGAUGACCGGUUUGGCAGCAGCUCUACUAGUACAUUUUUCCUUGACAUCAAUGAGGAUGCAGAGCCAGCGUUUUAUGACCGACCUGGACCUAUAAAGGAUAAAAAUUCCUUCCCUUUCUUUGCUUCUAGUAAACUUGUGAAGAACCGUAUCUUGAAUUCACUCAGUUUGCCUAAUAAAAAGCAUCGCAGUAGCAGUGACCCCAAAGGAGGGAAAGUGUCGUCUGAGACUAAGACAAGCAACAGGCGCAUCAGAACCCUCACGGAGCCAUCCACUGGUGACCUCAACCAUACUGACGAUUUCACCCCCAUCUCCACAGUACAGAAAACAUUGCAAUUAGAAACAUCAUUUGUGGGGAAUAAGCACACUGAAGACACUGGUAGCACUCCAAGUAUUGGGGAGAAUGACUUAAAAUUCACCAAGAGUCUUGGUUCAGAAAAUCACAGAGAAAACACCAGCCGCGAGAGGUUAGUUGUAGAAAGUUCAACGAGCUCACACAUGAAAAUCCGUAGCCAAAGCUUUAAUACAGACACGACAACCAGUGGUAUCAGUUCAAUGAGCUCCAGCCCUUCCCGGGAGACAGUAGGCGUAGACGCUACAACUGUGGACACAGACUGUGGAAGUAUGAGUACUGUGGUAAGUACUAAAACUGUUAAGACCAGCCACUAUCUGACGCCACAGUCUAACCACCUGUCUCUCUCCAAAUCCAACUCCGUGUCCCUGGUGCCUCCGGGUUCUUCUCAUACACUUCCUAGAAGAGCACAGUCCCUUAAAGCCCCCUCUCUUGCUACCAUUAAAAGUCUAGCAGAUUGUAACUUCAGUUACACAAGUUCCAGAGAUGCCUUCGGCUAUGCCACACUGAAACGAUUACAGCAGCAAAGGAUGCACCCAUCUUUAUCGCAUUCUGAAGCCUUGGCAUCCCCAGCAAAAGAUGUGCUGUUCACUGAUACCAUCACCAUGAAGGCCCACAGCUUUGAGUCCAGGUUGACGCCCAGCAGGAUCGAUUUUAAAAAGAAGCAUGUCGGGGGAAUCAGGAGCUUAAGACCUACAAUAACAAACAACCUUUUCAGGUUCAUGAAAGCUUUAAGUUACGCUUCGUUAGAUAAAGAAGAUUUAUUAAGUCCUAUUAAUCAAAAUACCCUACAACGGUCCUCCUCAGUGAGGUCCAUGGUGUCCAGUGCUACAUAUGGUCGCUCUGACGACUACAUCGGCCUUGCUCUUCCAGUAGACAUCAAUGACAUAUUCCAGGUAAAGGAUAUUCCCUAUUUUCAGACAAAAAAUCUAUCUCCCCAAGAUGAUCGAGCUUCGAGAGUGUUUGCCCACGACUCGGGAGGUCUUCCAUCUGGAACCGGGGGUCUUGUAAAAAAUUCUUUCCACUUGCUGCGGCAGCAGAUGAGUCUUACAGAAAUAAUGAAUUCCAUCCAUUCAGACGCUUCUCUGUUUUUAGAAAGUACAGAAGACACGGGACUCCAGGAACACACAGACGAUAACUGCCUUUAUUGUGUCUGUAUUGAAAUUCUGGGUUUCCAACCCAGUAACCAACUAAGUGCAAUAUGUAGUCAUUCGGACCUUCAAGACAUUCCGUAUUCUGACUGGUGUGAGCAGACCAUCUCUAACCCAUUGGAAGUGAUUCCCUCUAAGUUUUCGGGGAUUUCUGGGUGCAGUGAUGGGGUGUCUCCAGAAGGCUCCGCCAGCAGCACCAAAAGCACAGAGUUGCUCCUCGGUGUGAAAACAAUUCCAGAUGAUACACCAAUGUGCCGUAUCCUCCUCCGAAAAGAAGUUCUAAGAUUAGUCGUUAAUUUGAGUAGUUCCGUUUCAACUAAAUGUCAUGAAACUGGACUCUUAACCAUUAAGGAAAAAUACCCGCAGACGUUUGACGACAUAUGCUUGUAUUCGGAGGUGUCCCACUUGCUGUCCCACUGCACCUUUCGACUGCAGUGCCGGAGGUUUAUACAGGAGUUAUUUCAAGAUGUACAGUUUUUACAGAUGCAUGAAGAAGCCGAGGCUGUGUUGGCAACAUCACCAAAGCAAUCCGUAGUGGAUACAUCUGCUGAAUCCUGACCGCAUGUUAGUGAUGUCGGUGGUAGAUCCUACAUAGAGUAAUAUUGGUAGAUUUCCUAAAAGCCUCAGACAUGCUGACUGGCUGGGCAGCAAAGACAGGAGUAUCUCCUGCACUCUUCCAGAGAUGACUGGCACCUGAGCAGUGGGACUGCUGACUUCCCAACCAAAACGACUUCCUGCUCUCGCGCAACGAGCCCUCAGGGCUGGGGGCCAUGUUCAUUACUUAUUACCACAGUUUUACCGACCAAUGUAUGCAAGAGCCAAGCGCUGAGUGCCUUUGCAGGCAUCCUAUUUGUUUUCCUUUUAAGAGCAUAAAAACAGUGGAUCAGCAGUAGGAUAUGCAGAGGCACCUCACACAGUUAAUGUCUGGUUUUAGGGUAAAUGUAAAGAUGCCUUGUUCACUCAACCAUUCGAGGACACCAGGACUUUGUGUCUCGACGGCUGCAUCCUAUUACGCAACAGGGUGUUCGCUCACUGCUGGUAUUCCAGGGGGAAGCUUGGCCUGGCCCCGUUUCUCUUCAUGUUGGUAACACUACUUCAGAGGUUUGGAACCUCAAAGCAAAAGAGCCUCAACAAGCCAGGACUUCUAAGUUAUUUUUUUAAUGUUACUAGGAUUACAUUAAUGUUCUUAUUUGUUUUCUAUCUCUUCAGCUUUGUUUCAGUGUAAUAGAGUAGGCUAUAUGAACCUUGGAUUAAGGUUUUUCACUACAGUUCCUGAUUAAAAUCAGAAAACCAUGUUAUAAUUCACAUGAAGGUAUUUUCCAUUUAUAGAAUGCCUAGGUUUUCAGUGAACAUUUGUUCAAGUCAGCUUCCCAUAUCAUUACUGUGGAUGGGAACUUGAGCAAGCACUAGUAAUUUAGACCCAAAGCAAAAGCAAGCAUUAGAUAAAACGUUGGCUCGCCCGAGGAAAAGGUAAGUUUGCCUACAAUUUACACAUUCCAAGGGAAAAUAAGAGCCAUAUUUUUUUAAGGUACCAAAACUUGUUAUUAAGUUUAAAAAUUGUAGUGAAAAGCCUUAAGCCCCAAAUUUUAAAGCAGCAGUAAUUUAAUUUUAUACCAGUGAUGUUGUUUUGCACAAAUUAAAUGCAGUGAUAGGUGAGUUUAUGAGUAUAGUAAUUGCCUUCAUCACAUUUGUGAAAUUGUUUAGUUGAUGAGGGCAAGGUUAUUUGUUUUCCUUUAAUUUGUAUAUGUCUAAAGAUACUUGGAAAUUUUUACAGGAAUUAAACAUAUAUGCAAACUUGUAUAUAAAAGUAGCAUGGCCAUCAUUAGAAUGCUUGUAAAUGAAAGGAAUAUCUUUUUUGAGAUCUAUAUAAGUAGAAAAAAAUCCAGCUGGACUGAUUAGGACCCUUUUUAAAUUCAUUUGUGUAUACCAAUUAAUUGUUUCACAAUCACGCGUCAGCUUUGUCACAGUUAUGGCCCACUGAUGACUAUUUUCCCACAUUGCAGAUCCUCGCUGUAAUGGGUUUGUUCUUUGAGUUCUCUGUAAAAGAACCCUGUGAACAAGAAAGUAUAACUCACAGAGAUGCGUUUUUGUUUUUUCUUUUUAAUUUGCUGGCACUGAAAGUUCCUGUUGAAGUGAAGCAUUUCAUCUCCCUUCCUAACACCUCUUUGACUGCACUUCAGUGAAUUGUUCUCGUGUGCACUGCACAGCAGCUUACAUUACAGCAGGCGGAUAAGGGCUGUAAGCUGCUGCUUCUGUUAAAAAGUGGUUCACGUUUGCUCUCAGAAAGCCCUAUUGAAGAUAAAACAUGUUUUUCAACGUCAGUUUGUGGCUCACCCCAAGUGUUUAUUUAGAAGUCAGUAGUACUUUUCAGAAGAGCAUUGCCUACCACGUUGGUCUUUGGACUUGGGUACUUAAACUGCCUUUCCAGAGAACCAACUGUCAAGAGAUACUAGACCAACUAGUGGUUAAAAACCCAAAGGAAGUAACAUGAUAAUCUUACUCACAGUGGGAAUAAUAAGUUUUAGACAUUUGUUUUAAAUACUACCUCAGUUACCAGAGUAUGGAAUCUGUGUUUAAUCUCUCUAAAGUAGCCAGUCAUUUGUUGACAGCACCACCCCAUCCUCAUACUCCACCUGUCUUCCUUCCUGACAUUAAGAGGUAGUUACUGUUAGCUUGAAAACUUUUUGAUGGUUCCUUUGAAAGGCCUCGUUCCAUCACAUCUGCCUAUAGCACUUAAGUUUGGGGAGACACUGAGAGCUGCGGUUUAUAGUAAACUAAAAGCAAAACAAAGAAAGGUCUGUAUUGAAACUUGUAGUACUAUUUGGUUUAUCCUUGAUUUUCCUGACAGGUUUUAAUAUGUUUUCUUUGAGUAUUUGUUUGUAUAAAAGUAGACCUUUAAAAUGAAAAAUGCUCAGAUGCAGUGCCAAGCUAUUAAAUUAGAUGAUUAAGAAUAUUCAACUACAGCAGAAAGUAUUAGGAAUGCUGUCAGUGGUAAUAGAACUCAUUGAGAAAGUCAUCUAUAAAUAAUAGAUAUUAUCAGGCUGUAGAAUACCAAAAUAAUGUCAAUACUGUAGUUUUUCAAGAUUUUAGAAUUAAACUUAGUCUAUAUAAAUUUGUUCUGUGGGUAAUUAUUGCCUAAUUUGGGGCAAUAAUUUGGGCAGUUGUGCUGGUUGUAAACUGUGAAUUUCUAAUUUCUGUGAAGUGCAUUGCCAUUUCUAAUUGAAUUUUUCUUUUCAAGAACAGAUUUCAGCCUCAUAUACUAAGUAAAUACUGACAGGUUAGAAAAUUAGAAAUUUAGUAUUUAUAACAAUGUGGUCUAAAAUUUCUUAUCCUUUUAUUUCCUGUUCUACGCUUAGGUCGCCUUGGGGGCAGGGGUCUUUGGCCCAGUGAGCAGUUUUCUAACAGACUUGGUAGUACAAGGACAUCCUGUAUGUCCUCGGAGGCCCUGUGGAGGUGGACACCUUCCCACGCCCAUGACUCUGAGCUGACAGUGAGGACAGGUUCCUCGGAGCUGGAGAUCUGUCAGCCUCAGUGGUCCAUGUCACAGUGGCAAAGUUCUCCACAGUGAGUGAGGUGCCAGUGACUCCUUAGAGUUGUCUUCUGCGGUUUAUAAGCAAUUCAACCGCAUUCCAUUUGGAGCUUGCCUUUUAGCACCGCGUGAAAGCACACAGAUCAUUAAGCAAUAAAAACAGGUCAAUGUUCUGUCAUUCAAAUUACAGCUGCAGUUAUUUUUGCAUGGGAAGUGUGAGGUGCUAAUUUUUGAGUGCAGAUUCACUUUGUAAAUUACCUUGGGAAAUUUCCUCUGGAAGGCACCUUUAGUUUUCCGAGUCCUUUCCUCCAGUUUUGUCUCAAACUCACAAUUCAUUAAAACAUGAAAAAUAGAAAAGGGAGACUUGGUUUCGAGAGAUUUCAUGAGAAGAACUGUUUAGAAUUGAAAACAUUUCAUGUUUUCCACAGGGGACGUUUGGGAAAGGUCCACAUCAUCUCCCCAUUCACAAAGUAUACAAAGUAUCUUCCUGUCGAGAGCGAGCGAGCGGUCAUGUAAAAGCCUGCCCUUGCUGCUGCUGGCGACCACUGAGGUCGGGGACCGCUGAGCCCGGCUCCCAGGGUCUUUUCCAUCCAGAGGAGGCGGAGUAUGGACUUGCCCCGUGGAGAGCAGUGCCACAGCAUGCCUACAGUGCACAUGUCGUUUGACUCUUUUGAGCUGUUUAAUGUGAGAGAGCGUGUAUGCCCCUGAAAUCAGACCUUGCAAUUUUGCCACUAAAUAGGUUGCUUUAGCCCAAGAUGCAAAUACAUGGGUUAGGGG